AUGCGUUGGAAAUUAGUGAAAGGGCCUGUCACCAAAUGUGCGACCAGCAGACAGGAAAUAGAGAAUAAUAGCGUAACAGAGUUGAAAAGGAAAGAGAAAUUUUUAGAAGCAAAAUAUACAUUGGCGUGCGUGGUGCUACCACAAUAUGCGCUGAAUAUAAUCACCAGAGAAGAAUGGAAAGCCAGACCACCGAUCAGUCAGGUACUAAUGGAGACACCGGUGCCGUACGUUGUGGUCCAUCAUGGAGGAAUCGCUCACUAUUGCCACGACCAGAAGUCCUGUUCCGCGAUCGUGAGGUCGUACCAAAAUUAUCACAUUGACGAUCGCGGUUGGUUCGACAUCGGAUACAGCUUCGUCAUUGGCGAGGAUGGAAAUGCAUACGAGGGUCGAGGCUGGGAUAAGGUUGGAGCCCAUGCACCUGGUUACAAUUCCCAAAGCAUCGGAAUAUGUGUCAUUGGUGAUUUUAGCGAUGUUCUUCCAAACGAAGCAGCGUUGGAUACUCUGAACAAACUCAUCGAAUACGGAAUAUCUCUGGGCAAAAUCAGCGAAAAUUACCACGUUGUGGGCCACCGACAGGUGAGAGACACAGUGUGCCCCGGCGAAGUAUUCUACAAGUACGUGCAAACACUUCCACGAUGGACCAACAAACCCGUGCCGAACUAUACAACGACCCUCACAACCGUAAAACCAGUCGCUGCUGUGAAUGAAACCAUGUUAGUGUCUCUUAAACCGCAGAAGAUGGACAGAUCAAUCGUUGCUUUCCUCUCGUUGGCGAUUUUACAAGUUACGUUUGGAGCUGUACACCAAAUCCCUGUUCGUCCAAAUAUAAUAUCGAGGGCACAAUGGGGCGCAAAAUCACCGAAAAUUCCCAUAAGUAAUCUCGCGACAGAUCCACCACCGUACGUUGUGAUUCAUCAUUCAGCUACUGACUCUUGUACGAUGCAAGCGAUCUGUCAAGCCAGAGCAAGAAGCUUUCAGAACUAUCAUAUGAAUGACAAAGACUGGAGCGACAUAGGCUACAAUUUUCUAGUCGGGGAGGACGGUAAUGUGUACGAGGGGAGAGGAUGGGGUAAACAUGGAGCACAUUCGACCCCCUACAACUCGAGGAGCAUUGGAAUUUGUCUAAUUGGCAAUUUUGUUGGUCACGAGCCAAACGCAGCAGCAAUAAAAGCAACACAGAGCUUAAUAGCAUACGGAGUGUCUAUAGGGAAAAUACAAGAAAAUUACACAUUGUUAGGUCAUCGUCAAAUUACGAGCACGUCCUGUCCAGGAGACAGCCUCUACAGACUGAUUCAAUCUUGGUCCAACUGGUCACCAAACGUAUAAUAGAACUA